CUCUCCCUUCGUCUUUGUCCCAUCUAUGGUUUGCCAACUAAGGUACGCUGACAUAGAAAGCCCUUUCAGAAGCGCACCCCUCUUUGACACUGUCACACCCUCUUCCAGCCUCUGACGACACCAUUCACUGUGGCUGGCUGGCCGUCAACCUGGAAGCCAUCCAAUUCGAUCUUGCGAGCCCAUGCCCACCCAGGCGUCGCUGCAAAGCCCAAUUCUAUUUGCAGAGGCCCAGGCACCAAUACCUCAUUGUUCCUUUCCCCCUCAAGAUGUUGAUACCACAGCUCAUGACCCUCAACAGGGAACCAGCUGCGCCAGUCUUUUCUGCAUAUAUUUACGUUCGUCAAAGGAACCGAACGCUCGGUAUCCCCAACAUUGACGUUCUUCAAAGACGCCAUCAAAUCCGGCGGCUGUUUGCCAUGGUUCGUGAGCAAGAACAGACCCAGCUGCUUUCUCGUAGGGCGGCUUCCGAAUACGGACAUGGCGGAACAAGCUACAGGACGAAACAGAAGAGAUGGGGGGGAGGAAAACCAAAAUAUCAGAGGGCAAAUAUCCCUGCGUGUUUUCUUCCGUCCGUUCGGAAUUUGCAUCUUAGUCGCCCUCACGGCAUGAAAGUUGAAUCAGUCUGUUUCGCUGGGCAGGUCUUGCGUAAGCGAUCUCGCCUCCUGGGCUUCCUCAAGCAACCCCAACCCCACCCAGCCACUUUGCAGCCACGUACCGGCCGACACUUGCAGUCCAGAUGUGAGAGCACUCGCAAGUGCGUGUCUUGCUUCUCGGUAUCAACCUGGUCUAUCUCACCCGUGGCAGUCUUGCUUCCUCUGCUUCUCACGUUGGUCUGGUUGUCGUCAACUGGUCAUCAGAAUCGAUCCUGAGCGUCUAUACAUACAUAAGUACUACUGUGUACUCGUAUAUCUUUACAUCUCUGCGUUGCCUCGAUGUUGCAUGCUAGGUCAUCCCUGCUGGCUCCCAAUUCCAAACUACAUCG